AUGGUUCGUCAAAUAUUGUUUUUCUCAUCGGUUGCUAAAUUUUUUUUUUUAAUCUCAUCCGAUUGUGGGAAUGUAACAACCCAGAAAACCUGUUUGCCUUUUCCUUACUAUUUGCGGGAAAUUCUAGACACACAUAUCUAUCUAUCUAUCUAUCUAUCUAUCUAUCUAUCUAUCUAUCUAUCUAUCUCAGCCUGUUCAUAUCUAUUUAUCUAUCUAUCUAUCUAUCUAUCUAUCUAUCUAUCUAUCUAUCUAUCUAUCUCUAUCUCAGCCUGUUCAUAUCUAUCUAUCUAUCUAUCUAUCUAUCUAUCUAUCUAUCUAUCUCAUCCAUCUAUCUAUCUAUUAUCUAUCUACAUAUCUAUCUAUCUAUCUAUCUAUCUAUCUCAGCCUGUUCAUAUCUAUCGAUCUAUCUAUCUAUCUAUCUAUCUAUCUAUCUCAUUCUACACAUAUCUAUCUAUCUAUCUAUCUAUCUAUCUAUCUAUCUAUCUAUCUAUCUCAGCCUGUUCAUAUCUAUCUCAGCCUGUUCAUAUCUAUCUAUCUAUCUAUCUAUCUAUCUAUCUAUCUAUCUAUCUAUCUCAGCCUAUUCAUACCUAUCUCAGUCUGUUCAUAUCUAUCUAUCUAUCUAUCUAUCUAUCUAUCUAUCUAUCUAUCUAUCUAUCUAUCUAUCUCAGCCUAUUCAUACCUAUCUCAGUCUGUUCAUAUCUAUCUAUCUAUCUAUCUAUCUAUCUAUCUAUCUAUCUAUCUAUCUCAGCCUAUUCAUACCUAUCUCAGUCUGUUCAUAUCUAUCUAUCUAUCUAUCUAUCUAUCUAUCUAUCUAUCUAUCUAUCUAUUAAAUCUCUCGCUUUUUUCCUUAACAAGCGACGAUUUUUCUUCCUCAAAUAUACAAAAUACGAACAAUGCCGACAUUUCUUCUUUUUCUUUUCCCCCACUUCUCUUUUCUUAAUUUCUUUGCCUGAUGCCCCUAUCUAUCUAUCUAUCUAUCUAUCUAAAUUUGUUCAUAUCUAUAUAUUUAGCUGCAUGUUUUGUUUAAGAUAUUUCAAUGGCGGAAAAUAUUGA